AUGUCGCCUCUCGUAUCGUCCUUAACAUCUGGACGCGCUCUUCUUUUGACACCAUUUUGUCAUCAGCGUAUUGCAGUGCCGGAUGUGAAACCCACGCGUCAAGUCAUGCGGGAAGUUCUUCCGCAGGGUCGUGUGAAUGAUCGGGACAAUGAAUUAACUGUUUUUCUUCAGCAACUGCCAGCACGUUGUGAUAAGGCAAAACAGGAUUUACUUCAAGCGCAAAGGGCGAGUAAAUAUUACAGAACCCGCUACGGAAGAGGUUUGGAAAUGCGGAGGCGACAAUAUCAGCAGCUGCUGAACUUAUCCGAUGCGGAACUGCAAAUGUGGGCGCGGUCUCGAUUACGUCCGGUACGCAACCCGAUGAAGCCAUGUUAA